AUGCCUAAGCAAGACGUUAUCGAAAUUCUUCCCCGAGGAUGGGAAACGGACCCCGCUGACGAGUUCCUCAAGUUGGCUCCUCUUGACUAUUGUGUUGCUCAGGUUUACCUCAACUUUGCGCUGUUCUUCAAGCUGCCAGAAUCAAUAAACCGCAACACCGUCGUCGACACUAUCAGGCGCGGGUUAGAGGUGACUCUGAGCCAGUGUCGCCAGCUAUGCGGUCAUCUCGAAGAGCAUCCUGAUGGAGGUCUCUGCUUCCACAAGAAGAAAGAAAGCAGCGUCGAGCUUCAUGUGCAGUGGCUGGACUGUCCCGAUGACGAGGGCAAGUACCCCACCUUUGAUGAUCUGGAGAAGUGUCACUUCAGCGGCCGGGCUCUCGGUGCCCUAGAAACCUGGAGCGUUGCGGCUAUGACUUAUGGCGAAAAGCCGGAAGCUGAACCAAAGAAUAAUCCCAAAACAUCUGGUUUCAAGAUCAAUUUCAUCCGCGGCGGUAUGGUGCUCAUGAUGCACAGUCACCAUUACUGCAACGAUAUCAACGGCUGGGCGGCCUGUAUGUAUCAGCUGGCCGAAAACUGCGCUGCCGUCUGGAAAUCGCCCGAAAGUCCGGACUAUCCUCCUUGGGAUUUGGCCUGUCUGGACUAUUCAGCCGUCAGUAAACCAACUCCAGAACAGCUCUUCGAAGGUCCAAUAACCCCGGAAAAACACCCAGACCAUGUGCCUGGUCAGUGGGUGAUUUUUCAUCUGCCCAAAAGCAAAGCAGCUGAGCUGAAAAGCUUGGCAAGUCCCCAGGAUAAAAGUUACUGGAUUUCAUCCUAUGAUGCCUACCUCGCGUAUAUCUGGCGUAUUAUUUCGAAGCACAGAGCCAAGCUGUUCAAGCCUGAUCUCUCCAAAAGUCCACUGUGGGGCGAAGCCGUGAACAUGCGGACUCGCCUCCACGAUCCUCCUGUCGCAAAGCGCAUUCAAGGAAACAUCGUCGGCACACCAUUGAGUAUAACAAGUCCAGUUCCGCAACUGACGGCGGCCGAGGUCAUAUCGGAGGCCCCCUUGUCCAAGUUGGCCUGGUAUAAUCGCCAACUUACCAAUAGCGCUACGCAGGAGAAUCUCAGCGCUGUAUUGACCCAGAUUGCUGCGAUCCGGGACAAGACCGCACUAUUUCUGCGCACCGAUAGCUUUCCACCCUUGAGUAAUUUCACGACAGAUUGGCGCGAAUCCAAGCCGUAUGAUGCCGACUUUGGCUUUGCCAAGCCGUGCGGUUUCCGUCACCCGUUUGAUAUGCCAACGAAUGGAAUCAUCAUCAUUUACCCGACGCGAACCAUUCGUGCUCCCGCAGGAGAGGAUGAGGGGAACGAGAUUGUAAUCAGCUUCGAGAAGGAACUCACCAAGGGUUUGUUGGAGGACCCUGAAUGGAACAGAUACUUUGAAUUCCGAGGCAUUGAUGAUGUGGAAUAG